AUGCCAAAUAAUGUUUGGUACCCGUUUACUCGUUCCCAUAGUAUUGAGGUAAACAUAACGAACCAUUAAAGCACUACAAUGUUUAAAGAUAACCUAAGUAUAAUGAAAUAAAUAUAGCAAUGUUUUAUUUUUCCACCUGCGUACAGAUAUAAUAGUUGUACUAGUACAAGUGGUAGUAGUACAAAUAUUAUAUCUGAAUAUCUGUUGAUGGUUUUUACUGUUUUUAAAAUAAAACUGCUUGCAAUAAUUAAUUACACACGUCUUUGUUAUAGUAUCCCGAACAAAGCUUUUUCUCUUAAAGAAAAAAAUCUAAAUAUACAUUAUAUAUAUUUCAUUGGUAUAUUUUUGAUUAGGUAAUUUUUUUGUUUUUAUAAUAUUGUAACAGUAAUUCGUAGGUAAAUCGGAAAAUAAAAUAAUGUACUCGUAUGCGUUAUGGACGUACAUAACUAGGAUUUUAAGGUACUGAAGGCCUAGUUAUGUAUGCCAUUGAAUGUGUACUGAGGGAUACUUCCUAAAAGAAUUAAGUACCCUAUCAAAGAUUUAUCUAUAGAAGAAACAUUUUUAAUAAAGUUUGUUUUCAGGAACAUUUAAGCUGUCUAAAAAGAGAAACAAUAGAGCUGGACGAAUUAUCUAAAGAGAAAACAGAGGAAGUGCGAAAUAUCCAUUGCGAUCAUUCAUCCACAGAGGUAGCAGUGGAAUCCAUAACAAAGAAACUAUUCGAAUUAAAACAGCGCAACAAAAAGGAAGAACAGACUAUCCAGGAACUUUCAGUGUGGUUGCAGGAAAAGGACUCACAGAUGACAAUAAAAAAAGAAUCUAUUAUAGAGCGGCUGGCAAAAAACAAUCGAUUCGAGGAAAUGGCUCGUCAGGAACUAAUUGACGCAACCGCUGAGGUUGCUGCCCGGAAUGAGGAACAGGGAAACUUAGCUACGGCAUAUCAAAAACUGAAAGCAUCGUUGUCAGCUUAUAAGUUUAAGAUAAAUGUGGAAAUCAAAGAGCUCAGUGAUCAACAGGACCAAUUAACGUGCGCGGUGGCAAACGUGUCCAUAAAGCUGGCCGAAAAGUGUGACGCUAAUUGUCAAUUAAAGGCCCGCGUGAAGGUAAAUAGUAACAGGAUAAGUAAAAUCUUACGUGAAGUCGAGAAGUUGGAACGGUGGGUGCCCCUUAAGAACUCACGAAAGGAAUGGCAUAAAAAAAAAGUCAUGAUUGAUGUAUCUUGUUUCCGCGAUCUGAGGGACGCCACGCGAGAAAAGUUAAAGUUGGUGGAGGAGAACUACAAUUUGAAACAGACGUUGUUUCAAACCGGUUUAUCGUGUCUCCAGAAAGCCACUUCUCUGUUGAAGCAAUGUCCGACAAAAAAAUUAUUGGAGAUAUGCUAUUAA